AUGGUGAAGAUUAAGAGGUCAAAGUUCACAGAGGAAGACCAUGGGAGCUUUGAUCUGCUCAUAGGAGAUGACAGCAUGGAUUUGCUAGAGGAGAUUUUCAAGAAACUUGAUCCCAAAUCAUUGGGUAGAGCAAGUUGUGUGUCCAAAAGAUGGCGUGAAGCGGGAGCUAGCGAGCAUGUAUGGGAAGUAACAUUUCACAGACAUUGGGAGUCCUCAAGGUUCCCGGUGGAUCGACUGAGGUCCAUGAUUUUGGCUUUGGGUGGGUUUAGGCUCAUGUACAAGAGUUGCUUGCACCCCUUAAGAAGAAAGACGAGCUCAUGGAGAGCUUCUUCUGUUGAAGAUGAGAUAACUCUUUCCCUUUCUCUAUUUUCAGUGCACUACUUGAAAAGUUUGAAGAAUUCUUCUUCUGAUAUCCUCUCUGUGUCUUCACAGUUAUGA